AUGGCGUCGGAGCUACCUUUCAAGUUAAACAACAAGGAUAUAUUCCGCGAUAAUUGUCUCGUCAAUGGCGAGUGGGUGGAAGCGCAGUCCAAGAAGCGCUUCGAUGUCGUCGAUCCUGGCACUGGCAAGACCUGGGCUACAGCUCCCGAUAAUGGACCCGAGGACGUAGACCAGACCGUCAAAGCAGCUCAGACCGCGUUCGAGUCUUAUCGUAAAGUCAACCCCAGGACUAGAGCACAAUGGCUAUUGAAGUGGGAUGCACUUAUUCGAGAGCACAGAGACGACAUUGCAAAGAUUGUGACAUACGAGACUGGCAAGCCGAUCGCUGAGAGCCAGGGGGAGCUCGACUAUGCUCUGGGAUUUACUUGGUAA